CAAACCCUACCUGUGUCAAAGCCCGGUCAAAAUGCAUGCAUCUUUCUUCCUCGUUGCAGCUCUUGCAGCUCUUGGUGCUGAAGCAGACAGUUCCAGCAGCACCAUCAUUGGCUAUUUCUCUCCUCCCUGGGAUGCAGGCCUGCUCAAGUACGGCGGUUGGACAAGUACUGCCGCCAGCCUUGUUGGUUACAAUACCAAGGCGGCCACAUACCAUGUCGGCUGUCGGAAAGACGCCCCCAAGACAGAUUGCGACUAUCCCACAUCGUGGACGAUCAUCCAAGGUCCAGAAACAGUGAGCUUCACGGGGAAAUAUAUCGCCUCGACCUCGGACAAAACGACUAGUUACGAUAUUACUGUGACUCAGUCUUACGAGUGCUCCUUGAAAGCUUCGACUGAAUCUGCCAGCUGCACAAUGAGUGCGGGCAUGAGCGGAUCAGUGGACGGAGGGAAGUAUGAGUCUUCCACCUCCAGCGAGGCGACUUACACGACAGCGCCAAUUUCCAACUCCUAUUACCAAUUGACGGUAACUGGAGGACUGAGCUCGCUUACGGCUACUCAGGCAGCCACAACAACUGGCGGUGCUGCCGUUGGACCUGCAGGGGCUAUCAUUACGGCUGCUCCUGUGGUUGCUGCUGCAAUGGCUGCCCUGCUGUAAUGAUGCUAGAUACCAAUUUCGCAGUGUGGUAGAGACAGGGGCUUCCUAACAUUCACCCUGGACUCUUGGAGGGGCUUGAGCAUAGUAAUUGGGGCCAAAACUUACCUCCAUUCUCUCACGCUAAACCGGUGACGGUUAGUUCCUCUCUACCACACGGGUACUCGGCAGACGCUUUGAGACCCAUUUUUUUCAAUUUUCCCUCGCAUUAUUACCCCGUUAAUGAAUUCCCGAUCUGUCAUAUCUGGUUGUACCUGCAAGAAAGUUGUUCCAAAAUUUUGUUGAUGUAGGCAACGUCCACAGAGGUGCCUCUUGGAAAACUUAGCAAUGAUUCACUCCUCCUGAAUAUCUAUUCAAUCCGUGACUUGGCCAGCUACCACUUGUGUUUGAUCAAGCUUCCACUAGUAGUGUACUCGAGCAAUGUUUCCGUCGGCAACAUUCGGCCUG